UGACAGCAUAAAGUGUCAAUCAAAUCGUUUUUAUAAUUCAUCCUGAUGUGAAUGGAAGUAUAAGACAAGAUUCUUAAUAACAACGACAAAAUAUGUUUUUUUUUUUUUUGUGCGUUUCGGGUGAUAAAGAUCAUUAUAUAUUAGAUUAAAUCAACCUCGAUACUUAAUUAGUUCUGAUUCCAUCAAUCCCGGCCUUUAAACAAAAACAACAAAAAAAACAUAAAUAUAUUAUUGAUCGAUUAUCUUUGAUUAUUGUGCACCUCUUUAAAUGAAGGAAAACAUCUGACUGAUUAGUGCGGAACUCUCUAUUGAAAGGAAAGUAAUUCUAGUCUGAUCAACAACAUGAUGGCUACUGACGCUCCCACACUGCCAGCCUCUGACAAUGAGACAAACGAAGCGGAUGAGACAUUCUUUAGACUCAAACACAUUAAAUUUUUCCUACGGAACCUGGAUAUUUUGCCCACCGUGUAUACAUCUGCUGAUACAAGCCGAAUCACCAUGGCAUUUUUCACUUUGUCCGGGUUAGAUCUUUUGAAUUCACUAUCAUCAGUUGAACAUAAACAACAGAUUAUUAACUGGAUUUAUUCCCAUCAAGUUGUUCCUAAUGAAGACGAGUCAAACCUUAAUGAGUGUGGAUUUCGAGGAUCAAGUUCAAAUGGAAAUCCUUUUUGUCCAGAAAAGGGAAAUGACCAAAAUAUUCCUUUUGAUAGUGGACAUAUUGCAAUGACAUACUGUGCACUGUUGUCUUUGAUCAUUCUUGGAGAUGAUUUAUCAAGAAUUAAUCGAAAAGGGAUCAUCUCUGGAUUGAAGCAUCUUCAAAUUAAAGAUGGAAGCUUUCGUCCAGUGCCUGAAGGGGGUGAGAAUGACAUGCGUUUCAUUUAUUGUGCUGCUUGUAUUUGUCACAUCCUGGAUGACUGGAGUGGAAUGGACCGUGACCUAGCCAUCUCCUAUAUUAAAACUAGUCUGUCCUAUGAUGGUGGAAUUGGCCAAGGACCAGGUCUUGAGUCACAUGGUGGUCCCACAUUUUGUGCAGUUGCAGCUUUAUCAUUGAUGGGGUGUCUUCAUGAAACCUUCACUUUGCACCAGUUAGAGAGGUUGAAAAGAUGGUGUGUUAUGCGACAACAGGUUGGCUUCCAUGGACGACCAAAUAAACCAGAUGAUACGUGUUACUCUUAUUGGAUUGGGGCAACUCUGAAGCUGUUGAAUAUAUUUGAAUUAACCAACUUCACCCAGAAUCGGUUAUACAUGAUGGACACUCAGAAAGAAGCUAUUGGAGGAUUUGCCAAAUGGCCCAAUCAGUCACCAGGUAAGCUGUUUUCCCAAAUGUCCUCUACUCUUCAUUUAAUUAUGUUGAAUGUUAGGGAAAAGGUAGUAGCAGGGUAUAUUGAGCACAGGUAGAUCCAGUGCCGUUCCUCAUUACACAGGCAGUGUGGCACAGGGGAGGAGAGUGAGUGAGUGUUUAGAGCAGGGAUUCUCAACCACUUUUUAUUUAUGGACCCCGCUUUGAUUUUAUUCUGGUGACCCCCAUAGCC